CUCCUCUCCUUGCCUGAGCUGCAUCACAUUGGCCAGCCAUCCAAACACCAGCAAAAGGCUGGAGGUGGAGCACGGCGUGCUGAACAGCCUCGGGUAGUCCUGCUGACCCCCCCUGGCUUGGGGGAAGGCGGACGGACCCAUACCCUGGGUCUUAAAACAAGAGGGGAGGCGUGGGGAGGCUUUCCAGCCGAGCCCGCCGACCAUUUCUAACGAAGUGGUGUUGCUGGUGGAUGAGACGCUUGACGAGAAGCCAGCGAGGUUCAGGACUGAAGACCACUCCCCGACCCAAGUUCUCAAUCUGUGUCCUGGGAGACCAGCAGCACUGCGAUGAAGCCAAGGCAGCCGACAUCCCUCACAUGGACAUUGAGGCGCUCAAGAAACUCAACAAGAACAAGAAGCUGGUCAAGAAACUCGCUAAGAAGUAUGAUGCUUUCCUGGCUUCAGAGUCUCUGAUCAAGCAGAUCCCUCGUAUCCUGGGUCCAGGGCUUAACAAGGCGGGCAAGUUCCCUUCCCUGCUCACCCACAACGAGAACAUGAGCACCAAGGUGGACGAGGUGAAGUCCACCAUCAAGUUCCAGAUGAAGAAGGUACUGUGCCUGGCUGUGGGGGUGGGCCAUGUGAAGAUGACCGAAGAGGAGCUGGUGUACAACAUCCACCUGUCAAUCAACUUCCUGGUGUCUCUGCUCAAGAAGAACUGGCAGAAUGUGAGAGCCCUGUACAUCAAGAGCACCAUGGGCAAGCCACAGCGCCUGUACUAGACCUGCGCCCUGCACUCGCUGCUUUGUACGAAUAAUAAACUACAGAUUCAA